AUGGCACUGACUAUUCACCAACUACAAGUCUCCAGAUGGAGAAAGGAAAAAAGUCAACGAAGAUACUGGGUCCGACCCUGGAUCGGAAGGAGAAGACAGUUUGGCUUGUAUGAUCAACUUCUUGUAGAGCUCCGCAACGAAGACCAGGCAGCCUUCAAAAAUUUCAUGCGAAUGCCACCAGAGAUGUUCGACGAACUGCUAACAAGAGUGGGCCCGAGUAUCACCAAACAGAAUACAACCUACAGAGAUGCCCUCAAUCCUGGCCUGAAGCUUGCUCUCACCCUUCGACAUCUUGCGUCUGGGACCAAGUAUCGCUCAAUGUCCUAUGGAUGGAGAAUCCCUCACAAUACCAUAUCCCUGCUCAUCCCAGAAGUGUGCCAGGCCAUCAUCGAAGAGUACAAGGGUGAGAUGAUGAAGUGCCCCACAACUCCCAAUGAGUGGCGUGCCAUAUCUGACCAGUUCAUGGAGAAGUGGAACUUCCCCCAUACCUGUGGUGCACUCGAUGGAAAGCAUGUCAGCUGCAAAUGUCCUCCAAACAGUGGUUCUCUUUACUAUAACUACAAAGGAUUCUACUCCGUUGUCCUCAUGGCGCUCGUAGAUGCUGAUUAUCGCUUCAUCUGGGUAGACAUUGGUGGUAUGGGAUCGGCAUCAGACGCUCAGAUCUACAAUGCUUCUGAGCUGAGAGAAUGUGUUGAAGAUGGCAGUUUAGGCCUUCCGGAUCCAGAUCCUCUUCCCAACGACAACCAGGAUGGACCAUACUUUUUCGUCGGCGACGAUGCAUUCGCUCUACGCCCUAACAUGAUGAAGCCGUACAGUCUUAGAGGUAUGACGCAGUCGGAGCGCAUCUUCAAUUAUCGGCUUUCCCAAGCCAGAAGGGUUGUCGAAAAUGCAUUCGGCAUUCUUUCCAACAGGUUUCAAGUUCUCCUGACCACAAUGCAGCAGCAGCCAGCUACCGUCAAGCUCAUUGUCACGGCAUGCAUCAUCCUCCACAACUUGAUGAGGACAAGGUACCCAGGUAUGCAGAACCAGCAGCUUGACCGUGCCGAGAACCUUGGUCAUGACUACGUCCCAGGAGCAUGGAGAUCAUGCCUUAACAUGCAAGACACCAUCUCUGUCGCUGGCAGCAAUACCUCCAGCAGGGAAGGAAAAAGGCAGAGGAAUCUUAUCAAGCACUGGGUCAACUCCGAAGCCGGUGCCGUUCCAUGGCAGGACAAAAUGAUAUAG